CUCCGGGACGCGUGUGGAGGUCGCUCGAUCGGAGCUCCCGGGCGCGUUCUCUCGGUCUGCGGCUUCGGCGCGUCGGUGGCCGCCGGCGAGCGAGUUCUCUAGCGCGUCCUCCGCGGAGCUACCCUCCCCCCGCCCUGCUCGCAGCCUCCGCGGACCGGCCGGUCGUCCUCCCGCCCGGUCGCUUCCCUCCUCCCUCCGCCGCUUCGAGGCGUCUUCCGUUGGGCCGAUUCCCGCCCGCUUCCUCGUGCAGCUCAUCGAAGCGCUAGAGAUGAGUUUUCCCAUCUCUUCAGAGAUGAACCAGAUUAUGAUGCAUGAUUACCACAGAAGAAAUUCGUGUCUAUAGCUUUUAAGGACUUGAUUACAUCAUUUUCAAGCCUGAUAGUUUUGGAACCACCAUUAGAGCUUAAGACAUCUACCUUUACUUCAGCCACCUGUCUUCACACCUUAACGGAGCACUUCGUUUAAACACUCCUUUGUCUUCGAAUCAUUUGAGUUUCCAAUAAUACAUUUCUUGCCAGUACAGUAGCCAAAUUUAUAAGGAAAAAUGAUUCCCAAUGGAUAUUUGAUGUUUGAAGAUGAAAACUUUAUUGAGUCUUCUGUUGCCAAAUUGAACGCCCUGAGGAAAAGUGGCCAAUUCUGUGAUGUUCGACUUCAGGUGUGUGGCCAUGAAAUGCUAGCACACAGGGCAGUACUGGCUUGCUGCAGCCCCUAUUUAUUUGAAAUCUUUAACAGUGAUAGUGAUCCUCAUGGAGUUUCUCAUGUUAAAUUUGAUGAUCUCAACCCAGAAGCUGUUGAAGUCUUGCUGAAUUAUGCAUACACUGCUCAGUUAAAAGCUGAUAAGGAAUUAGUGAAAGAUGUUUAUUCUGCAGCAAAGAAGCUAAAGAUGGACCGCGUAAAGCAGGUUUGCGGUGAUUAUUUACUAUCUAGAAUGGAUGUUAGUAGCUGCAUCUCUUACCGAAAUUUUGCAAGUUGUAUGGGAGACUCCCGUUUGUUGAAUAAGGUUGAUGCUUAUAUUCAGGAACAUUUGUUACAAAUUUCCGAAGAGGAGGAAUUUCUAAAGCUUCCACGACUAAAGUUGGAGGUAAUGCUUGAAGAUAACGUUUGCUUGCCCAGCAAUGGCAAACUGUAUACAAAGGUAAUCAACUGGGUGCAGCGCAGCAUCUGGGAGAAUGGAGACAGCCUGGAAGAGCUGAUGGAAGAGGUUCAAACCUUGUACUACUCAGCUGAUCACAAGCUGCUUGAUGGGAACCUACUAGAUGGACAGGCUGAGGUGUUUGGCAGUGAUGAUGACCACAUUCAGUUUGUGCAGAAAAAGCCACCACGUGAGAAUGGCCAUAAGCAGAUAAGUAGCAGUUCCUCUGGAUGUCUCUCUCCUCCAAAUGCUUCCGUGCAAAGCCCUAAGCAUGAGUGGAAAAUCGUUGCUUCAGAAAAAACUUCAAAUAAUACUUACUUGUGCCUGGCUGUGCUGGAUGGUGUUUUCUGUGUCAUUUUUCUUCAUGGGCGAAACAGUCCACAGAGCUCACCCACAAGUACUCCAAAACUAACCAAGAGUUUAAGCUUUGAGAUGCAACCGGACGAGCUCAUAGAAAAGCCCAUGUCUCCCAUGCAGUAUGCACGGUCAGGUCUGGGGACAGCAGAAAUGAAUGGAAAACUCAUAGCUGCAGGUGGCUAUAACAGAGAAGAAUGUCUUCGAACAGUUGAAUGCUAUGAUCCACAUACAGAUCAUUGGUCCUUUCUUGCUCCCAUGAGAACACCAAGAGCCCGAUUUCAAAUGGCUGUACUUAUGGGUCAGCUUUAUGUGGUAGGUGGAUCUAAUGGCCAUUCGGAUGACCUGAGUUGUGGAGAAAUGUAUGAUCCAAGCAUUGACGAUUGGACCCCUGUUCCAGAGUUGAGAACUAACCGUUGUAAUGCAGGAGUAUGUGCUCUCAAUGGGAAAUUAUAUAUCGUUGGUGGCUCUGAUCCAUAUGGUCAGAAAGGACUGAAAAAUUGUGAUGUAUUUGAUCCUGUGACCAAGUCAUGGACGAGCUGUGCUCCUCUUAACAUUCGUAGACACCAGUCUGCAGUGUGUGAGCUUGGUGGUUACUUGUAUAUAAUCGGAGGUGCAGAAUCUUGGAAUUGUCUGAACACAGUAGAACGUUACAAUCCUGAAAAUAACACCUGGACCUUAAUUGCACCCAUGAAUGUGGCUAGACGUGGAGCUGGAGUAGCUGUUCUUGAUGGAAAACUGUUUGUAGGUGGUGGCUUUGAUGGUUCUCAUGCCAUCAGCUGUGUGGAGAUGUAUGAUCCAAUAAGAAAUGAAUGGAAGAUGAUGGGAAAUAUGACUUCACCAAGGAGCAAUGCUGGGAUCACAACUGUAGGGAACACCAUUUAUGCAGUGGGAGGAUUUGAUGGCAAUGAAUUUCUGAAUACAGUGGAAGUCUACAAUCUUGAGUCCAACGAGUGGAGCCCUUAUACAAAGAUUUUCCAAUUUUAACAGAUUUAAGGCCCUUUCAAACUAACAGGCUUAGUGAUGUAAUUGUGUUUAGCAGAGGCACACUUGUGAAUAAGGAGGGUGGGUGGGGUAGAUGUUGCUAACAGCAACACAAAGCUUUUGCAUAUUGCAUAUUAUUAAACAUGCUGUACAUACUUUUUGUGUUUGGAAAGGAAUGCAAAGAUGAAGGUCUGUUUUGUGUAUUUUUAAAACUACUUUGGUUAUUUUACGUUUUGGAAAUUGAGAUUAUAAAAGAAUAAACUGAGAAUUGAUUGGGAACAUCAUUUCAAGAAGUCCCUGCUCUUCCACAUUUGUUUUGCCAAUUUGCACAUUAAGUGACUCUUCCUCAGUUCUCUCUCACGGAGCAAGAGGGUAGAGUUUAAAUAUAGGCCGUUGGGUUUUUUAAGGGCCCUUUUUCAAUAACUGGAACACUCUAUACAAAAGAAACUUAUUUAAGUAGAUUACAGCAACUAUUUUUGUUUUUAUUAAAAGCAAGCUGACAUGCCUACCAAUAUUAGUCUUUUAUGAUUGUCUUUUUUAUAACUUUUUAUAUUCUCAGCAGAGUGCUUCAUCUGUUAGUCAGAUGUGACAGAUUGAAGUUACUGAAGCAGAGUGGUGGUCUCAAGAUACAGAGUAGGGCAUUGUUGUUUUGUUUUGAAAUGCUCAGAAUGCAAAAACUUGGAAGCGUUUGCCUCACCUAUACUUUUCUUUUUGAGGAUGCAGUGUCAGUGUGUAUUUGGAGUUGCCGAACAGUAACACAGUGAUGGUAUUCCGCAUUUCAGAUAAUGGUUUGAAUUAUUUUGACUUUUUGAGGGUAGGAUGUUUAACCUGUCUUUAUGUAUCAUUAACAAAACAAUUGUAACUGGAAGUCCUUGGUUGAAAAAACAAUUGUAUUGGGUCUUUGUGAGUGCAGGCUUUACCAGAACUAUGCUUUGGUAACACUGAUUGGAAUGACCCGUGUCUAAUGUGUAGUGCUGCACACCUAACUUACGGUGCCAACAUGAGCAUAAUGCUUGCUGAGGAUGCAGACAUAUUAAAGGUACUUUGUAGUAAAUCCUCAAAUCAUGGGAUUAAUGUCUACAUGUUUGUGUUUUCAAUUCAUUGCUAAAAAUUAAGGGGAAAUUCCUUUUAUCAGUGAAGAUGGGCUUCCGGUAUAUCUGAUAUAUCUGAAAGAAGGGGCUUUUGUUUUGUUUUUCAUAGAUGAAGCACGUGGGAACUUAAUGAGCCAGCUGGCAUGAAAUGACUUAAUCAGCUAACUUGGGCUAGGGAAGAAUUUUGACCUUUUUUUUUUUUUAAAAUGUUUUGCCAGCCCUUUGCCACCUGACUUAGUUUCAUGACCACCAAGGGGAAAAAAAUCGGUUCACCUGGUUACUAUGUAGUCCUUACUAAACAUCUUUUUCUCUGGUUUGUUUCUGCAUUAAAACUCGCUUAGCAAGUUAGCAGAUUGCCUAAUUGGUAACUUCUUUUUAUGGAUCUGUGUAUGUUCUAUUCAGCACAAGGAAAUAAAGUUUUAGUUGAGGAGCACUGAAA